CUAUUUUCUCGCCGCCUAUACUGUGUAUGCGCAUUCUAACCAAAGCCGGUUAUUACGGUCGGUAGUACCUCUUGAUAGACGAUCUUUCGUUAUGCGCUUUUCGUUAGGCGCCAUUCGAUCGGCCCCUUUCAAUUGGCGCCGUUCGUUAGGUGCCUUCCGUUAGGGGCCUUUCGAUCGGCGCCUUUCAGUAAGCGCCUUCCGUUAGGGGCCUUCCGAUCGGCGCCUUUCAGUAAGCGCCUUCCGUUAGGGGCCUUUCGAUCGGCGCCAUUCGUUAAGCGCCGUUCGAUAGGCGCCUUUCGAUAGGCGCCUUCCGUUAGGGGCCUUUCGAUCGGCGCCGUUCGUUAAGCGCCUUUCAAUAGGCGCCUUUCGAUAGGCGCCUUCCGCUAGACGCCCAACGCUUGGCGCCUUUCACCACGUGCCUUUUCCUAGGCGCCUUUUCCUCGGCGCCUUUUCCUCGGCGCCUUUUGCUCCUACGCGGCUUUCUCUAGGUGAAUUAAGCUAGGGGCCUUUCACGUGGUGCAUUUCGCGUUUCCUCCAGCGGUUGCCCUCCCACUGGCACGUGGGAGGGCAGCGGAGAGGAGCAGAGAGGGCAGCCGAGAGGAGCAGAGAGGGCAGCGGAGAGAAGCAGAGAGGGCAGCGGAGAGGAGAUGAGAGGUCAGCGGAGAUGAGCAGAGAGGGCAGCGGAGAGGAGCAGAGAGGGCAGCGGAGAGGAGAAGAGAGGGCAGCGGGGAUGAGCAGAGAGGGCAGCGGAGAGGAGCAGAGAGGGCAGCGGAGAGGAGCAGAGAGGGCAGCGGAGAGGAGCAGAGAGGGCAGCGGAGAGAAGCAGAGAGGGCAGCGGAGAGGAGAUUAGAGGGCAGCGGAGAUGAGCAGAGAGGGCAGCGGAGAGGAGCAGAGAGGGCAGCGGAGAGGAGAAGAGAGGGCAGCGGAGAGGAGCAGAGAGGGCAGCGGAGAUGAGCAGAGAGGGCAGCGGAGAGGAGCAGAGAGGGCAGCGGAGAGGAGCAGAGAGGGCAGCGGAGAGGAGCAGAGAGGGCAAGAGGGCAGCGGAGAGGAGCAGAGAGGGCAGCGGAGAGGAGCAGAGAGGGCAGCGGAGAGGAGCAGAGAGGGCAGCGGAGAGGAGAAGAGAGAGCAGCAGAGAGGAGCAGAGAGGGCAGCGGAGAGGAGCAGAGAGGGCAGCGGAGAGGAGCAGAGAGGGCAGCGGAGAGGAGCAGAGGGGGCAGCUGUCGCAUGAACCUCUAUAAUUGUGUUACAGAGCUUCAUGGGACAGUGCGAGAGGUUAUAAGGUGAGUUGGAAAUGUGUAGAUAUACUGUACAUUGGUUAUCCCAAUUGUGCAUGGUAUACAGUGGUGGGCGAGUUGGGGGCGGAAUGACGGCAACGUGAGGGGGGGGGCAGCUGGCGAACAGGCUCGGACACUUCAGCAGAGGGGAGAGACAGGCUGGAAGGGGACAUGCAGCAGGUCGGGAAGGGAUAUUCGGCAGAAAUCAUGGGGCUGCCACUGGAGGAGAAAACCCUGCAAUGGCGCGCGGCGGAUUCGGCUGGGAGGGAAGGGUUGGGCGCAGGAGAGUGUCCGCUAGGAAGAGUAGCACAAAUCAGGAAGCAUUCUCAGUUGAUAGCUACUCUGUUUGUUCUCUCAUCAUAGUGGGAAGGCCUGUAUGCUUGUUUCCUAGUAAAUUCUUUCCUGAGCA